AUGUCAGAUUCUGACAAUGUUACAGGAUCAGAAUCGAGCAAGAUCAUCGAAUUUUACCUGUCCUGCUGGAUUGUGAAAUUUUUACACUAAAAUCUUUGUUGGAUAAAGGGAUUCUCUCGAUUUGGGCCGAGAGAGUCACGAUGACUUUCGUACAAAACUUUGUACUUUUGCUCCUUUUUGUUGGUUCAUUAGAAGCUGGAUCAUGUAGGAAUAACAAUCAUUUGAAAUCAAAAUACAGACGAGCUGAAGUGCCAUCAGCUGUUUCGUCACCACCAGCCACGACCACUAUGAAUGCCGAUACAUCCGCUCCGACGCGUAAACUAGUAUGUUACUUGGACUUCGAGAGUCAGCCUGAAACAGGCACCUCAAUAAAAGACAAGUCGCAGAGUGGAAAUGAUGGUUACCGUGAGAAAGGUCUCCUACUGGUCAAUUUCAAAGGCUGCGGUAACGCUGCGUACCUCUAUUCUGGAGAUAUUUUAUUCCAUGGCGAUACCUUCCAAGGAAAGCCAUAUGAAGGUAUAACAAUUGCUGCUUGGGUGAGGAUCCUAGAGCUCCCCGGCAGUCACUCUAUCUUCGAUACAAUUGGUAGCAGCCAUGAGUGUGGCCAAUAUCACUUCGAAAUCAACGAUGGUAAUGUCCGUUGGUUCCAUCGAAAUGAAACUCAACAAACUGUGUUCAGUGUUGAGGCAACUGGAGCCCCUGUCAAACAAGCCACGUGGGUUCACGUCGCAGGCACAUACGAUGGAACAAUUGGCAAAUCAAAAAUCUACGUCAAUGGUGAUUUAAAGAAUAUGUCUGUCAACGAAUAUGGCGGAUACUUAUCACGUGACUGGAACAUGCGCGUUGGGAUUGGUGACCACAAAAAUUUCCGACCAGUAUUAGGUUUCGUUGACGAGUUCCGCGUAUAUAACUAUGCAGUCACCAAAAAGGAAGUCGAUGAUAUGGUGAAGAAAUGCAACUUCCAAGCUGGAGGCACUACUACAGCCGUAACUCCACCUCCUGUCCCAGCACCAAAACCAGCGGUAGUAGGAGCACCUGCCCCACCUGCUCCACCCGUUUCGUUGACUCAUGAUGCUGUACUUAUCAAUGACGACAAAGAAAAAGAAACCAGCGAUGUCAAAUCACCUGGCCAGGAAAUGGAAGAAACGAUCCUGAAGCGUUCCAAAGUCCUCCGCAAACUCCGCCACCACAAGAAGAACUCGCACUAACGGGUCAUGUUAAUAGACAACAUUAACGACAACAGCGCACUAGCGUAUAAGACUGGCAACUAGUUUCAUAUAAUUUGCAUUCUUGUGCAGAAGGAGUAAAAUUAACCGACUAAGAAGAUAACUAUAAGACAAUUUAUUUAACUGUUUCUAUUUAAACCUGUCCCUUUUGUUGCUUGUGCAACACUGUAAUAUACCAAAAUUUGAACAUUCUCAAAGAAAUUGCAGUAAAUAUUUUGAGCUAUAGUCAAUCACUCUCCCGUAAUUUGGAACUGUACAUUUCUGUAUUAAUAAAGUUCAAAUGUUUUCUUUAU